UACAGACUUGACCCAUCUUGUCUCUCUCUCUCUGCCAUGAAGAAAUAAGGCGCCCUUUCUUCCCCACGAAGGUUUCUUUAGAUCAGGUGUGGCGGCGGCGAAGAUCACUUCUCGAGUUAAGCCGUUUCUAGUCACAAGACGGGCGGUUCCUUUAGUUGCUCAAUCUAGUUGUAGUAAGUGGAAUUUGCUGUAUAUUUUCGCCGAUUUCUGCAUCAUAACUUUUCUGCAAAAUUUGAUAGCAUCAUGAACGGAGUCUUAGAAGAUGUGAAGACGUAUGAAGCUAAGCCUUCAGGAAGCCCCGUGAGAGUUAAAGCAGAUCCAGACUUGGUUUCUGAUGUUAGCAUUGGUUGCUCCACUCCCACCCGAGAGCUACCUGAAAAGAGAUGUACUGAAGAGGCAAUCGAUUGGGAGUCUGUUAUUGCUGAUUUACCGUCAGAUGAUGAGGAUGGAGAAAUAUUUGACAAGACUGUUGCCACAUUUUUGAUUGGCAUGAAUAUGGUCCAGUAUCUGCAUCUCUUUAAAGAUGCUGAUGUGGGCUUCAACUUGUUCCUUACACUCACAGAAGAAGACUUGGAAGUAAUUGGAAUAGAUGAUAAAGCUCAUCGGAAGGAUAUGGCUCAUGGCAUUGCCAACAUUCGUAAAUCGAAAGGAAGGCAAAACCCAGUUAGAGGUCUGAAAGAUGACAUUGAUGAUGCUACUUUGAGUGUUCAAGAAGCUAUACCAGUUAUGUGCCAUACUGUGAAGCAUAUUAACAAUCUAGUUAUUCUUCUUCGAAAUCACAGAGGAAGGCUCAACAAUACUGCCAUUAGGAACCAGAUGAUAGAUAAUCAUCAUUCUGCUGCUUUUGGCGCAAAGAUCUUAACAAGGGAAGCCCUUGCCCAAGCAGAACUGCUCAAAGUUCAGUUACAUGGAAUGCUCUUGAAACUGGACCCUAUGCGGCCUGAGAAGAGCAUGAAGAGGAAGAUUCAAAGUGCCAAGAAAGCUGAAAGGGAUCGGAAAUUUAUUCUUGGAGCGGCAGUAAUGAUGUCUGCAGGAAUUUCUUUAUUACUUGCCCUUUUACUUAGAAGGCGCUCAUGAUUUUCUACCUUUUGCCCAUGAUCUGGGACCAAUAGAGGUUUUAGACGCAUCGUUCAGAAUCCUAUAUUUAAAAAUUUGUCAUCUAUUACUUAGACUGUAAGGUGGAAUCUCCUUUAUUUAUGUGCCCCAAAGGGUUGUGACAAGCAUGGUGCAAUAUACAUGUGCUGUGAAGUUUACACCGUAUUAUGAUUCUGUGAUAAAAUAAUUCUAUUUUUGUGUACUAUUUGAACUUUGGGUUGCUAGUACUUUUGUAGGUGAAGAUGUAUCUGAUUUUAUGUGCCAUUAAAAGGUAAAGUACAAAGAG